AUGGAUGUCAUCUUUUCCCUGGGACAUUUUUGUGAAUUGGAAGGCCCCUCAAUAAUUUUCUGUACUCAAAAAUUACUUCGUUCUGAGCUGGGUGAUCAGUUCGAUAUACCCUCAGCGCCAAGAUCUUCCGCAGCGUCGGAAGAUAAUAUUGAGUCUGAAGUUCAGGAAUCUUCAGAAGACCCUAUGUUAAGUUCUACAGAGUCUUUAUUCAAAAGUGACCCUGAAGACGGUAACCAAAGGCAAUCAAAAGCCACUGAUUCUCCUCGUAUUCAAUCAGCUGGCUUAAGCUCGUCGGCUCGCCAAAGUCCUGUAUCACGAAAACCUGCUUGUGUUACUUGCAGCAUAGUUCUUCCAUGUGAAUAUGUAUUACCAGACGUUCCUCCGCGACUUAUUUCUCUUUCUACAAGAAACCCAGACAUCGUUUAUAUAUCUAGUCAGUAUCCCCGAAAUCAGAAUCGGUACUCUAUUUUGAGGAGGCUGAUGGUCCGAUGCCUCAGUUGUGAGUAUUCAAUGUCGUCAGAUAUUUCAGAAUCCAUGUCAAAUCCGCUAUUCUUUGGAGAUCAAGAAAACGGAUAUGUGAUUGCUCAAUCUUUUUCGUUGCAUGAUCCGCAUGCUCGUGGCGGUUUGCGACGGUACGCAUUCGUUGCACUGAGCAAGAGUGAUCAUGAAUUAAUCAACAGAUAUAGCUUCAUUGUUGAAAAAUUCUCGCAGAUGGUCCAGUUCCUUCGGCUCUCAUCCACGAAAACUACCACGAACUAUCCUAUGUCGCAUAACAAGACUUCUUCCGUCGGUGGAACAUUCGCUUCACCUACCUCAAAUACUUCUUCCUUAUCCAAUUCCUCAAAUUUACCUGGUCAUACACCUUAUGGAAUGUCCCCAAACAGUAGCACAGCGCCAUCUACAUACUUGUUGUCUCAAAGAUUGCCUUCUUUUAGUUUUUUACGGAGGCGUGAUGGAGUAGGAGAAGGUCGAAAUUUAGCUGAUAUUACCUGUUGGGAUGGAGUCUUCAUCGGCAUCCAUAGUUCAUUUAGUUGGAUACUUGACAUCUGGGAUCGGAUUGAUUUAACAUGCUAA